AUGGGCGACGAAGAACUGACCCAAAGCGAGUUGCUGGUGAACUUUUACAACCCAGAUCGCGAAACGCGCAAAGCCGCCGCUGCUGCCUUGACUGAUACACUCAAGCAGGAUGCGCAUGUAUUGACUUUCAUCUUCAAUACACUCCUCCACGAAAAGCAGAUUCUGGACGGUUUGCGCGGGCACUCGUCGCCCGAAGCAGCGCGGCACCUCAACAACGAGGUGGACGAGGCGGUGGUCAACACUGUGUCGGAUGUGUGCGUGAACAACUACGAUAUCGCCGCCGAUUAUUAUCGCCUCAAGCGGGAGUUGUUGGGGUUGGAUGAGUUGACGCACUACGAUCGGUACGCCCCACUGCUCGGCGAUCGCGGUAGCAUCCCGUUCGAUGAGGCACAAGGCAUGGUGAUGGAUGCCUUCGGUCGGUUUUCACCGCAGUUGGCGGAAAUAACAGAGCCGUUCUUUAGCAAACGCUGGAUUGACGCUGAACUCCGUGCAGGCAAACGAGGGUGGUGCAUAUUGCGCGGGGGUCACGCCUGA